AUGAUGGCGGCGGCGGCGGCGGGUCCGCGGCGGGGGCGGCUGGGCCGGGAGGCCCGCGCCAGCCUGGCCGCCUUCCUGCUGGGCGCCUCGGUGGCGGCGCUGCCGGUGGCGCUGGGCUCCCCCUCCGCCCUGCUGGCCGCCCCCGGCCUGCGCGGCCGCCUGGCGCUCGCCCUACACGUGGCGGGCGUCAACGCGGCGCUGCUGCUGCUCUACCCGCGGCCGCUCUACAAGAUCGCCGUCCGGGCGUGCUUCCUGGGCUUCGCCUUCGGCUGCGGGCUGCUGCUCAGCGCCGGCCGCUCCGCCUGGCGCCACUUCGGCUGGUACAUGUGCUCCCUCUCCCUCUUCCACUACUCGGAGUACCUGGUGACGGCCAUCAACAACCCGCGCAGCCUCUCGCUGGACUCCUUCCUGCUCAACCACAGCUUCGAGUACAACCUGGCCGCCCUCUCCUCCUGGGUGGAGUUCACGCUGGAGAAGCUUCUCUUCCCAGAGCUGAAGCAGAUCACCUGGCUGAGCACUGUAGGCUUGGUGAUGGUGAUCUUUGGGGAUUGUCUGAGGAAAGCGGCCAUGCUCACAGCUGGCUCCAACUUCAACCAUAUUGUUCAGAAUGAGAAAUCGGAUACUCAUACUUUGGUGACAAGCGGGGUGUAUGGGUGGUUCCGGCACCCGUCUUACGUGGGAUGGUUUUACUGGAGUAUUGGAACGCAGGUGUUACUCUGCAAUCCCAUCUGCAUGGUGGGCUACGCGCUGGUGUCCUGGCGCUUCUUCAGGGAGCGGAUCGAGGAGGAGGAGAUCACGCUCAUUCACUUCUUUGGAGAAGAGUACCUGGAGUACAAAAGGAAGGUGCCGUCGGGUCUCCCUUUUAUUAAAGGAGUCAAGGUGGAACUGUAACGCGGGCGAAAACCGGACUGGCUGAGCGAACGCCCGGCUCCAGGCACGGCGGGGCGAGGGACGAUGCGUGGUGCCGGCGCCGGGAGUAGACCGUCGGUAUUUCCCGGCCGCCCAGGAGGAGCUGGCGAAGGGCUGCGGAGCUCGGCGGCCUGCCGGGUCGCUAGCAGAUCAGAAGCUCGUUCGUCCUCCUCGAGAUAAGUCCUUCGUUGCACAUUCAGGGAUCUUCCAGAUAACUUAGCCUGUAGCGACCCUAAAGAGACUCGAACCCUCCUGCCUGCAGCAGCUGAAUUACACGCCUCCGGACCGAUUCUUCCGGAGAACAGCUCUGCCCUCCCGCCCCCGUGCAGGAAAGGCGCCGGUCAGCGGAUUGUUCCUGUGCCAUAAUUCGAUUUUAAAGCUUUUUGACCUUGCGAGCCAGGCAGCGUGGCUUUAAUCUCUUUAGGCCCGAUUCUGCAAGCUGGCGCUCGGGCGGCUCGCGGGAGCCGGCCUCCAGCUCUCCGCUCCUCGGGUGCGGGGGCUGCCUACCCCCUGCUUGCCGGAGAGCCGGCAGCGCGGCACCAGUCGGUUCUCUCCCAGGCGUUAACGUUCGCAGGGAGGAUUCUUCCGCUCGCCUCGUGCCGCUGGAUCGCGAGCACCUCUGUGAAACACGGCAGGAGAGUGAGCCCUCUCCCUCCUCCUCGGCUGCCACCGCGAAUUCGGGAGUCACCGUUUCAGCCGCUGCCUUCCCGAGCCUCCCCGCCGCCACCUCUGUUCCCUCUUCCCGCUUCCAAAGCGCGCUGCUUCCUCUCCUGCCGGGCCGCCUCCGUCCUGCAGAGAUCCCGGGAUUUUGGGUUGGGAAAGAACCGCAGCUGCCGGGCUUGCCGGGGGCUUUAGCGCUCAAGAUUCUUGCCUGCUUUUUUGGGCGAAAGCUGGGAUGUUGGCGUGACUAGGAGACGCUUCUAGGGAAAUUCUCCAAACGGGGAAAAAAGUUUGGCUAGCUAAUGCUAUUUUAAACGUUACCAUUUUGGAAAUGGUUCCUACUCGAGCUUUGUGGUAUAACUUAUUCUGUCGUUAUAUACCAAAGAGGUUCACUGUUUUCUUGAGUUUUACGUUAUUCUUCCUAGCUGGAAUGGAAACAAGUUGCUUGUCAGUUCACGCUUCGGGCUUGCGGUGUUCCUCGGUGAAGGUGCUGUGGUAUGGCUCAGGAAAGGGGGCACUGAUGGAAAUUGCUUUGAUUUUGGUUGGUUUUUUUAUAUAAAACAAAAAAUAUUGCCGA